AGUGCCAUUUCUCGAAUUUUAGUGGUUUUUUUAGCUAAUUAUAUAACUUUAUCCCUUUUAUCGACCAAAGUUACCGACGUCAGCAUGACGGGCCUAACACUAAAUGUGUUAACUUUGAAUUCAUGGGGUGUGCACACACCGUUUGCCUGCCAGUACCGCCAUGAGAGGAUAGCUGCUAUAGGAGCUGAAGUUGCUAAGGGAGAAUAUGAUAUUGUGACCUUGCAAGAGAUCUGGUGCCAGAGUGAUUAUGACAAAUUGUGUAAGAAGAUCACGAGUGUGAUGCCCUAUACCCAUUAUUUUCAUAGUAACAUGAUUGGUACUGGAGUGUGUCUCUUCUCAAAGUAUCCGAUCCUCGAAACAUUCCUUCAUCGUUAUCAGGUCAACGGGUUUGCUCACAGGUUCUACCACGGUGACUGGUUUGGGGGGAAAGGUUGUGGGCUUGCCAAGAUUGAUGUCAAGGGAUUCAGGAUCAAUGUGUAUGCCACACAUAUGCAUGCCCAAUACAGAGUAGUAAAUGACGAGUAUCUGGCUUGCCGAGUUUCCCAGGCAUUUGAGAUGAGUCAGUUUAUUAAGACAACUAGCGAUUCAUGUGAUAUGGUGAUUGCGGCUGGAGAUUUUAAUGCCCGUCCUGACAGUGUGGCAUAUAGUGUCAUAAGAAAGAAUUCUCUGCUGAAGGAUGCUUGGCUUGAUCAGAAAGUCAAGCCAUCGAACCCAGAGACUGGUAACACAAGUGACUUACCCUCUAAUCUAUUCCAUUCAGCUUAUUGGUUGAAAAACUUCCCGCAUGGUGAGAGAAUUGAUUACAUAAUGUACAAGAAUAACCAAGGUUGUAGCAUCGAGUGUCUGGAUUGUUCUGUAACGAUGGGCAAGAUACCAGACCAGACGUUUCCAUAUUCUGACCAUGAAGGCGUGGCGGCUGUCUUCACUCUUAGGAGAAAUAUCACUGCCAUGGGACCCGUCUUGGAAAUCAAGGACAUUGAAGAGCGAGACGGAGCACUCAACGAUGCACUGGGGAUCUUGCAACAAGGAUUAACUCGUGUUGACUUUGAAAAGAUGCUCUACCUUGGAUAUGUGGUGGUCUGUCUCCUCCUCUUCAUUUUUUUCGGAUGGACCAAUCCAAUAUUUGAACUGAGCUGUCUUUACACCUUGUUACAAUGCAUCCUGAGUGUAUUGAUAUGCUUCGGCAUCUGGAUGGGUGUGGUCUACAAAACAGCAGAGGGAGCUGGACUACAGAAUGCGCGCAAGGAUAUAAUCAAUCUACGGAAUGCCACCAAGGCAGAGCGGGAAGCCCGGCAUUGAGGCAAUGCUAUGUCAGUCUGGUAUUAGCUGCAGUUACAUAUCCCAAGUACAGUAGUUAUUUCAUUUGGAUGACAAAAAUCAAAAUACUGGCUGGUUACUCCAGCAGUAGAGAACGUAUUGCCAACCAAGACCACCUUGAAACAUUCUGAACCAUCAGUUACCUCCCCUCAGUGGUGUAACAGAGUCCGGGUCGGCAGAGUUGAUCCAAGGCUUGAGGGUCUAGAUGCCUUGAAAAGGCUGGAUUGAAUUAAUUCUAAAAAAUAAAUGUCGAGACUCUGUAUUAUAUAUUUAGGUUUAGGGCGUUUUUCUAUUAAUGGUGCUUUAUAUGUUGAUGCCAUUGGUAAAGUGCUUGGACAAAACUACGUUAUCUUUA